CUUUCUUGAAGAAAUCGUUUUUGGCAAUCGUCGUUUCCAGGACGUGACGAGUUGCCAUCGCCUCAACACUAAGCUAUCUCUUUUCUUUGGCCAAAACGCUAGAGCGCAUUACUCCAAAACAGAGCGCACGCUCGGGUCGAUGGCGAAGAACUCAUUCAUUCAAGCCGAACUUACAUCCAGUAGCCAUUUGCUUCACCAAUCGGACCGACGCAACACCCAAAUGCGCUCUUUUACAAAUAUUCCACUAAGCUCCUUUCUUUCGGGCCGCUCAGAAUCAUCAACAGAAAAUUCUUCUUCUAAUCCGAAAGCUGAAAGCGCUCCAGUCUACGACAAUAAUUGCAGCAAACGGUGUCGUGAUGAAGAUGAGUCGGAAGCCCACAACGGACAUGUGAGCCAUUCCGCAAUCCCCAUUCCUGUCCAACCUAAUUUACACUCUCCGAAAAGAAAUCGACUGAAUGCUUACCAUGCACCCCGCAUUGUUCCAAAGUCGUUCACUAGUACCAUGGGGUCGCUGGCUGCUGGAGGGGGCGGGCACGAAAAGUCCGGUCUACGGGUACACAAUCGACGACAGCUUUCGGGGAGUAAGCUAGACGAGUACUUAGGUGAUCACGAUUCGAUGGAUGUCGACACAACAGAAGCAAAACCUCGAAGUAUGAGCUUCUAACUACAUUGUUCUCUUCCUGCCGCAAUCAUGCUUGAAGGACUCACAGUUUGUUCAUCGGAGUAUGCGAUGCUGAAAUUUGCUGCGGAACGCUGUUCUCACAUGUAACCUCUUUUAUUGACUGAGAGAUCCACUUUAGAG